AAACCGGCUCAAGAUAGAAUCUGGGCUCUUUACCUCGCUCUUGGACUUGUACUCGAUGAAAUGAUAUUCUACUUAAACCGUUAACGCUCAGAGUUGGAGCUGGAUACCAGUAGAACCAUGACUCAUCACGUCAGCCUCCUCAAAUAAAGACCCCCGCUGGCUUACUGUCUCUGUCAUAUUCCUUUCUUUUAUCUCGCCCAUCUCAAUUCAACGCUUUUCGUAAUUUAACAAAUAUUCACCAUGACAGGUAUCGACUUCACCGUCUUCAAAGGCUCCUCCAGCGGGAAGAUUGUUCAGUCGACGACACACAGAGACGGUCUCAAGCCUGAUGAGGUGCUCCUCAAAAUCACCCACGCCGGUCUUUGCGGCACAGAUCUUCACUAUAAAACUUCUGACAUCGUUCUCAGCCACGAGGGCAUCGGUGUCGUGCAAGCGGUUGGCUCCCAGGUCACCACCUUCAAACAAGGCGACCGUGCCGGCUGGGGAUACUUGCACAACUCCUGCGGGCACUGUGACGAGUGCCUCAGUGGAAACGAAAUAUUCUGCCCAGAACGCGCGAUGUACGCGUACGCUGAUACAGACCAAGGCGGAUUCGCCUCGCACGCUAUCUGGAAGGCUGACUUCAUCUUUCAUAUCCCCGAUGCAAUUUCUUCUUCAGAUGCAGCUCCUCUGAUGUGCGCCGGCGCCACCGUUUUCAACGCCAUGCACCUCUAUGGUAUGUUACCCACCGAUCGGGUAGGCAUCAUCGGCGUUGGCGGCCUCGGACAUCUUGCUAUUCAGUUCGCUGCGAAGAUGGGCUGCCAGGUGGUGGUGUUCUCGGGGACAGAUAGCAAGAAGGAAGAAGCGAUGCAGCUCGGCGCGAGUGAGUUCUACGCGACGAAGGACGCGGAGAAGCUGCAGAUAGGGGCACCCAUCAAGCACCUCUUUGUCACAUCGUCCCAGCAGCCUGACUGGAAGUCUUACCUCCCUGUACUCGCGCCGCACGCCAAGAUCUACCCGCUCACUGUGUCUAGUGAUGCCCUCACCUUGCCGUACAUGCAGCUCGUCAACAAUGGCCUUACGCUCCAGGGUAGCAUCUGUCCUUCGCGUGGAACGCAUGUCAAGAUGUUGAGGUUCGCAGCGCUUCACGGCAUCAAGCCCAUCGUCCAGGAAUUCCCGUUGACCCGGACAGGCAAGCUUGAGAAAGGAGAAGUAAGGUACCGUGCGGUCUUGGUCGCUGAAGCGUAACACUGUUGGCGGGUGAAGGAGUGACGGCGUCUAUUACCAUUUUCCCGGUUCCGCGUUGUGCACCUAUGAAAGUGUGCAGUAAGCAUCUUAUCCACGUACGAGUCAUAAUUCAAAUGUGGUUGUAUUCCCCUCCGUGGUCGAUGACCUGC